AUGAUAUUCAAUGUCUCUAUGGACAUUAUUUAUUCCCAAUGGAUUACCGGAUUUGGAGUGACACUACUUAUGAUACAACAAGGUAUUAUAGGAGGUAUGGUCUCACCACUGUUAGCAAAGCUUACAGCUGAAGAUUCACCUAUAUUUCUUGACGCUGACGAAGCUUCCUGGGUAGCAUCUCUUAUAAACAUAGGUCGGCUUGCUGGUGCACUUAUCGGAUCAAUAGCUACGGUCUAUUUCGGAACCAAACGUUCAAUUUUCGUAACUUCCAUACCAAUAGCAAUAGGAUGGUUGUGCAUCGCAUUUGCUAAUAAAGUAGCAAUUUUAUACGUUGGACGGAUAUCAAGUGGAAUUGGCGUGGGAAUGGUGUUUAGUACAUUUCCACUUUACCUUGGCGAGGUAGCCAUGCCUCAGAUAAGAGGAGCUGUGGUAUCUUUUGCCAUUCUUGGUACACCAAUUGGACAAAUGUUAGGCAGUGUCGCAAGUAGCUACUUAACUCUCAUGGCAUCGUCAGCUAUUUACCUAGGAUUGUGUAUUGUUCUGGCAAUAAUAUUCCUUUUUUUACCAGAAUCUCCUCACUAUUUCCUCAAAGUUGGUGAUCGAGUGUCUGCUGAAAAAUCCAUCAGUUGGUACAGAUGUGGAAAUGGUGUUCAGGAAGAACUCGAUACAGUUGAAAAGUUAGUAUCGUCUGAAAGUAGUAUAAAAUUUAUUGAUAGGUUAAGUGAAUUAAAAAAACCUGAAAUUAGAAAAGCUAUUUCUCAAGUGAUCAUUCUUUUUGUAUUUAUGCAAAUAACCGGCGUAAAUAGCGUUAUGUUUUACAUGGAAAGUAUUUUGAAAAAAGCUAAAUGCACAAUCGUCAGUCCAGCUGAUGUUGUUAUCUAUAUUAAUCUUUGUGCAGCAAUAGCAACGACCGUUUCCAUUUUUCUGAUCGAUAAAUAUGGCAGGAAAUUUUUGUUAUUAUUAUCCAGUAGUGGAAUAACUAUUUCAAUGAUAAUGAUGGCAAGUCACUUUUUUCUGAUAGGUAAUAACGUCAAUGUGACGAAUUCACAAUGGCUACCUAUAACAUCCAUGUUACUAUAUAUGAUAUUCUUUUUUAUUGGUUUGAUGCCGGUUCCGAGUACAAUUUUGAGUGAAACUAUUCCAUCAAAUGUUAAAAGCAUCGCGGCUUGUAUUAGUAGUUUUACUGCAGGAAUUACUUCAUUUUUAUCAACAAAAUCUUAUCAACCUUUGGUUAUUUUAAUGGGUGAUAGUUAUAUUUUUUUGAUUUACGCUGUUUUGGCUGUAUUUGUUAUACCUUAUACACUAUUUGUAAUGUUAGAAACGAAAGGUAAAACUCUACAACAAAUACAAGAUGAAUUCGUACGUGGUAAAAAAUAA